ACUGAGUCACACGGCCUAGCAACGAGAACUCAAAGGAGUCCGCAGGUACGUCCUUGUCUUUGGAAGACUUUGUUGGACUCCUCAAGUCCAGCAAGGAGCUCCCUAACCAGGGAGAAUGUUCCACACACCUGGGAGGUCUCCUUCAGACAAGGAAGUAACAUCAUGAAGGAUUUAUCUGCGCUGAGUCGGGGGUGUGGUCGCGUGGUCGAGACGAGCGCACGCAGCGACCAUGGCCGCCUGGACGUCUGCUUCACGCCGCGGGAUUACUACAUCUGGAAGUCCCAGGAUGCUUUGCUGCGUCUGACCGCCAGCGGCAGUUUUCUAAGGAGCGAGGAGUCAAGCAUCCCAAAGACCUACAGCACUCGCAGGGGGGCCCUUGUCCUCUACUCCCGGGACUUGGUGACGCUGGCGAGCCCGCCUGGGCCGCUGCCCGCUCACAGGAAGAGGGCGAACGCUCAAGAAGUGGAUCGACGCGCAGUGACGCUGGGAGAGCGGACAGCGGCCAUUUUGAGUCAGGUGACGGAGCGGUCAGUGUGUGGUAGCACAUUGUCGACGACUGCCCGACUUGCCCCGCCCAUCUUACCUCCACUUGGCCGCCAUUGUCACCCUCACAUUAAACUUCAGCACAGUCCAGAGUUCCUGAGUGACACGGACCCUCAGGGAGUCCCUGCCCAUCUGGACCAGGAGAAUCCACCUGAAGGUCAGAAGGAGAACAACAGGAGGGUCCGUCUGGAUGUGCUCCUUCAGAUACCCAGGGUUACUAGCAGUCCGCCAUCAUGGAUAAUGGACCAUGUGACAGUGACUCCUGAAGAGAGUCCUGAAUCCUGCCAGAGGAAUCAUCUACAUAGCCCUGAAGGUCCAAGAGAACACCUGCAAACUUCCCCCAUUGAAGACCGCCAAGUUCUUCUUCCUCCUCUGAGACCUCCUGAGCCUUCUCCGUUCUGCUGCCUGCGUCCACUCACUGGAAGUCAAAUUUUCACCUCUGUUGUUGUUAUUCUGAUCGAGCAAGAACCCUGUUGAUUUUCAACAAGAUAGUUUUAAUUUUACAGCAAACACUUUCAGAUUGUCUUGAUACCGCUCAACCUCUGGCAACUUUUACAUUGGACUUUAUAAAACCGUCUGGCAUUAUCAAUUUUUUUUUUUUUUUUUUUUUGCCAAAGCAAGAAACCUAUUGAUUUUAAAUGACACCUGACGCAAGGAGUCAGGCAUCCGGGAUCUCUGUGUGUACAAGCGCCCGUGACACAUAGAGGAUCAUCACUAUGUGUUCUAGCAAGAACUCUAUUGAUUUUAAUGAUACCAGAGACUAACCUAGCCAUGGU